AUGGCCUCUGCCGCCAAGGGCGGCCGCGUGCGCAUGAGUGGCAAGACAUCAGAUGGCCCCCCGCACAAGUGUCAGAGGAAGGAGACUGCCCCGCCGAAGUCACCCAAGGGUGGCAAGAGGGCCGCGGCAGACGCUCAGCUCGAGUGCUUCUGCUGCAAGAGCAGCCCCGACGACGCCAAGCGCGGCGCUCCCGAGGCCAAGGGCGUCGAGUGGGCGUUGCACAGGAGCCUGUCUGGAGGUCAGCGCCGCCCCGUCGGGGACGCGCGCCGCCAGCGCUGGGCGGCCGCCAAGGCCGUCGGGGGCCAGUCCGCAGAUCCCGCCGAGGUCAUCAACCUUUACAUGGCAGGGGAGCUCGAGACGGUCGAGAGCGUGGACCAGGCGAUCAAGACCGCCCAAACUGGAGAGCAGAGCUUCGCCCCGUCCGCUGUGACGGACACGACGGAGGUGGCCUUCGACUUCACGCGUGAGAUCGUCGUCAAGACCGAGUCCGAGCUCAAGAAGGAUUUGAACAGGUCUCGUUUGCUCAAGCGGCAGACGAAGACAUUGUGUGGCAUGUCGGCUCCGAACGACACGGGCACUGGCACCGAGCACGUCUACUUCUUCAAGUCUGAUGGGGGUUCAGACGAUGCCCCUGACGGGGGCAGCUCGGGCGCUCGCCGGGUGGCCAUGCGCGUGGCCAGGAAGCUGACGUUCGCAGGCUCGGCGGCGUUGCAGACGCACGCGGAGUUCCUGAAAUCCGAGGUGGGCGCGAAGGAUGGCGAUGAUGGCGACUCCGAGAAAGCUCCAGUCGAGUGCAUCGAUGGCGACGGUGCCCUUGAAGGCGUCGCCGCUUCUUCGAUGCCCCCUCCGACGUCCUUGCCGAGGAAGGGCCCCGGGAGCGCUGGCUUCGCGACGCCGUCCAGGUCCGCCGUGGCGAUCGGCGUGCCAGGGGGCGGUUCCAGCACCAGCCCUCUCGACGAUGGAGCCAGCUGCAGCGGGAGCAUGCUUUCCGCUGACGAGGAGGGCCAGGAGAUGUUGCACGCGGACGACUUGCUAAGGCAUUGGAAGGCCAAGAUCGACUUGAAGUCCGUGAUGUCCAACGAGGUCGACGGUCGCGCUGUAGCUGGCCUGCGGAAGCGAAUCAGGAGGCUGAGGGCCAAGUCGGAGACUUACUCUGAUGCCGACACUCCCGCCGUCUUCGAGGCGCAGGUGGCUUUGUGCGAGAAGUUUCGGGCGGAAUGCAUGGGCGACUUAUCGUGGUCAGAUGCUCAGGAUAUCGCGAUGAAGCUUUCCAAAGUCGGCGUCUGCGAUUACCCCAGGCAGACGCGGCUCAAGCUCGCAUCGCUCAAGUUGGCCAGCCUGAAUAUCACCGAGGAUGCCGAGGACUACGUCAGGAUCGCGUCGCCCAUGAACUCGGGAGUCUUCGACCCUGCGGACCCUACCCUUGGUGGCGCUGAGCCGAAUGACAAGGAGAGGGUUGCCGAGUUCAUCCGAGUCGCUGUGAAGGGCCACUUGAAUGGGAUGAUCUACAAGGGCCCCCGUGCGCAAUCUACACUCGGCGAUGUUCUCGCGGCGUGCUCUACCGCAUUCGGUGACGCCGACUACCUCACUUGCACUGCUGCGCAGAUUAGAUGCGCCAGCGACGUGAACGACGUUUGCGCAGUGCUGCUCCAUUGCAUCAGGCCUGCUCCAGGCGCCACGGUCCUCGACAUUGCCGACCAGCUCGAGAGGGUCGUUGGCAUGAUGGAUAAGACGGGUGCUUCUGCGGGUUGCGUGCUUGCGGCUGCUGUGGCCUCCACCCCGUUCUACAAGGAGAAGGCCGACGCGAUGUUCAGGCCUCUUGAAGCGGAGGCCGUGGCCAGCAUCAGCGAGCUAGUGCAGGAGGCCAGCAUUUCUUUCACGAAUGACGCCGACGUAGAGCAGCUGCAGCACACCAUGGCAUCGGAGCUUCAGACCAUCGAUAGCACUGAUCGUUGCCACCGCUUCUUCGUGGCCUCCGAGAGCUUGAUGCCCGAGUGGUCGACGGGCGCCAAGGUUAACUGCGUCGACCUGGACCUUUUCGCGCAGUGCGUCAAAGACGUCGCGCAGGCUUGCACGCAUGUCAAGGGCCGCGACCUCAGGAAGGACGCGAGGUCCAAGAGCGUCAACCGCAUCCAGCACUUGAUCAUCGCGGUGCUUGAGGAGCACCCCAAUUUCCAGGAGUGGUCGAAGGGCCGCGCGUGCUUGGAGGCGCUGCUGGUGGUCUGCCCCGAGAAGACCGUGGCGAAGCGCCUUGGCAUCGUGUCCGACGCGUGCGCCUUCCUCGCGGCGAGAGACGCUGCGGCUGCGGUUUCGCAGGACGCUGACGUCGUCGACUCCGAGGGGGGCAUCCAGCUUUUGGACGCUCUCGCCGCGAAGCUGCCGAGGGCGAAGGAAAUCUCCGAGGACAGCGAUGCAGAGUUCUUGGAUCUGAACCUCCGCAACAGGAACGACGAGUCGGUGACUUGGGCAGUCAAUCUCAGGAGUGCGGCCGCCGAGAGGCGCGUCGCCAUGGCUCGGGACCGUCUGAAGGGCGCCAUUGAGGAGCCCGACAAGAUGAAGUACGCGACCGCUUCUGGGAAGGAGUGGUGGGAGGGCCUCAUGCCCACUGCAAGCCUCCGCGAGGUCUCGAAGCACAUGCAGGCCGCGACGGCUGGCACCCAGUGGACGCCGUUGAAGGACAAGCAUGCCAAGAUGACCGUGCUGCUGAGCGACUACGUGCAGGCGUGCAAGUGGGGCGGCCUGCAAGUGGGCGCCGACAUGAAGAAUGGUGCCGAUGCCGUCUCUGAGAGGGUCGCGAUCACGCUUGCGGAGGCUGUCAUCUUAAUGAAGCUGACCACCGAGCGCAACAGCGACCUCCUCCGCCAGGCCAUCGUGGACGAAGUGAAGGUGCUCAGGAUGAAGCUCCGCAGUGGUGUGAAGGAGGACCGUGCUCUCCACAUCAGCGUCUUCCAGCCCACGAUGGCCUUCUUGUUGGGCCGCUA